AUGAAAGGCGCCGGCGUCAGUGGCGCCCAUGUCGAUUGCCAUUCUCACACCAAAAUUGACCUCGAACCUCUCCUUGGUAAAGCCCCAGCGUGGACUCCACGGAAGAAGAUCAGAGUCGUCACGGUGGGCGCAGGAUUUUCCGGGCUCAUGUUUGCACACAAGCUACAACAUCAACAUCCCGACGUGGGAGCAAUGGUAGACCACCGUAUCUUUGAGGCGAGGCAUGACGUUGGAGGAACCUGGUUGGUCAACACAUACCCAGGCAUUCAGUGUGACGUGCCGGCUCAUAUCUAUGCAUUCCCAUUUGAUCCCAAGCCGGAUUGGAACAACUUCUACGCCUCCGGGGCCGAGAUCCAAGCAUACAUCCGGAGUACCGUCGAGAAAUGGGACUUGGCGCGUGACGUGAAGUUCAAUCAUCGAGUCACCGAGGCCAUCUGGCAGGAGGAAACGGGUCAGUGGAAACUGACGGUGGAGAAGAAUGGCCAGGAAACGUUGACUGAAUACGCCGACGUCCUGGUUUCCGGGCAAGGCGUGCUCAACAAGUGGCGAUGGCCCGACAUCCCGGGACUGAUUGACCGGUUCCAGGGCCACAAGUGUCAUUCAGCGGCGUGGGACUCUGGGUACGACUAUGCCAACAAGCGCAUCGCCGUCAUCGGCAACGGCUCCUCGGGCGUCCAGAUUGUGCCCAAGCUAGCUCAACUGCCAGGGACGCGGAUCACGGCCGUCCAACGAAGUGCCAACUACGUAUAUAUGCCGCUGCCGCCGGCGACGCUGCUGGGUCGAGAGGGCGACACUCGAGCGAACCCACCCUUUACCGACGAGGACAAGAAACGCUUCCGCGAGGACCCGUCCUUCCACCGUGACUACCGCCGGAAGAUCAUCCACCAGAUCAACACCGCAUUCAAGAUGUAUCUCAAAGAUUCGGUCGCGAACAAGGCUGCGACCGAGAUCGCGCGGCAGCAAAUGGCGAGCAAACUCCAGCACGAUCCGGACCUGUGCUCCAAGCUGAUUCCGUCGUGGCCCUUGGGUUGCAAACGUAUCACGCCGGCCGAGGGGUUCCUCGAGUCUCUCUUACGCCCUAACGUCCAGCUAGUUAGUAGCCCCGUCACUGCGGUAACCGAGGACUCGAUUAUGACCGCCGACGGACAGUCUUUCCAAGUCGAUGUGAUUGUCUGCGCCACGGGGUUCGACGUCUCGUUACGACCGCAAUGGCGCAUGAUCGGUCGCCACGGCGUCGACCUAGCGCAGGAGUGGGCGGUGGAUCCAGAGUCCUAUCUCUCUAUAGGGGCGCGAGAUAUGCCCAACUUCUUCAUGUUUCUUGGGCCCAACGCUGUCAUCGCCCACGGCUCUCUACUAGAGGCCAUCAAUUGGACCGGCGACUAUAUCGUGAAGUGGCUUCGAAAGAUCGCCACCGAGGAUAUCAAGGCUGUCACGCCCAAGUCGCGAACAGUGGACAACUUGAUCCGGUACGGGGACAGCGUCCAUAAAUCUUUAGUCUGGUCGGAAGGCUGUUCGAGUUGGUUCAAGCGCAACACGGUGGACGGAAGGGUUACGGCGGCCUUUGCGGGAAGUGCCUUGGUCUUCCGGCAGUUGAUCUCGGAGAUCCGAGCCGAAGAUUUUGAUAUCGAGUACCACGAUGACAACCAGUGGGCCUUUUUGGGCAAUGGAUUUACCGAGUAUGAGCUGAAUCCGGCUAACAGUCUGUCAUGGUACAUUGAAAACUAG